AUGGACUGCCCCGUUCAGUACCAGGACCCGCGGCGAUACCUGUGCCCGUGCUACAGCAAGCUGGGCCAGUGUCUGGUGCGCAUCGGCUGCAGCAUGAAGCAGCGCGUGGACGUGGCCGCCUUUUGCUCGCGGCGCGGCUACUGCAAGGACGGGUACUGCGAGUUCCGCGCCGGGGACCUCACGCCGCGAGGCGACACACGCCCGGAAGUGUUCGAGCUCACGUCUGUGGAGACGCCGGGCACGCCAUGCGUUGACAACUGCUGCCCCUCGUGGACCAACUGCACGCAGGACGCGACGAUGCUGGCGAUUCGGACGCCCGGGCGAGUCUACCGGGAAGAAGAGGUGCUGCUACCACCUCGAGAGGGCGACCCAAGACUGGGUGUUAACCAGAACUAUGACCGAAUGCCGUACAGCAUACCACUCGCGAAUCUACCGUAG